AAACACUCCUCAACUUGACGCCACACUCCAAUAGGUGCCAAGCGGUCGCUCCGCACCUCGACCGCCCAUGGAGCUGGCGGUCGCCGCUGCAGUCCCUCCGCUGGUGCUGUGGGCGGCUGGGCGCUCGCGCCGGCGGGUGGCGGAGCAGUGGGCGAAGCUAGGGGACUUUCAAGCCCUCAACGACCACCAGGCCGUGGUGGCACGCUUCUCCAAGGAGAAGGAGACUGUUCUUCUGAUUGGAAGUAGUGGCUUUGUUGGAGUGAGAAUUCAGCAGCUCCACUUCGAAACAUAUCAAGCACCAUUCAAUCUGGUUUGCGUUGACCUUGGAGCUCCAAAAGAGAUGAGAGAAGAUGUGGUCUACUUCACUGGCGAUGUGCGCGAGCCAAAGCACCUGAAAGAGAUCUACACUGUGAUGUCCAGCUACGGCUUUCCCAUCAAAGGAACCAUGCACUUGGCCUCAAUCAUCCCUUUCUUAGGGAUACCUGACAGUCUCAUCACGCGGGUGAACGUGAAGGCCCUGGAAGACUCUGUGAAGAUGGCCAAGGAUCAAGGUGUGAGCUCUUUCGUGUACACCUCCUCGGCCACUUGCGUUCUGGACGGAGCAGAUGAUGCACCAGUGGACCUGGAUGAAGGGAGCCCAUAUCCCGAAAAGAACAUGGACACUUACACCUCCAGCAAGGUCGCAGCCGAGAGGAUGGUGUGUGGAGCACAUGAGGCCAAGGAUGAGGCCGAGCGUGGCGAAGGGACGAGCUUCUACACGGCCGUUUUGCGCCCUUCUGGGAUAAUAGGCCCAGGUGACAAGGUCCUGUAUGACAAGCUCAAGCUGGGUGAAGACAAUGUGUGGAUUCAGGGGAAGCCCAAUGGUGAGAGUUUGCUGGACUUCAUUGGUGUGGAUGCUGUGGCGCUGGGUCACUUGAAGGCCAUGUCUCAACUCCUUCAGCCCAACGGCCGUCUCAAACGGCCCAAUGCCACAAUCAUCAACCUAUCGGCGGGGAAGGGCAUCGAAUACAAAAAGCUCAUUGGUUGGGAGGUUGAGACAGAUGGCAAGAAUUAUUGGGGCCAUGCGCCAGCCCGGCCGGUACCCUUUGGAGUAGUGAAGUGCUUGGCCUACAUCAAUGAGUCCUGGUGUAGCUUCUUUGGAAAGGCCUUACUGAGCCCCUUCCUCGCCCAAGUGAACUUGAACUACACACAGAGAAGCUAUGUCUUUUCGAACAAGAGGGCUCGCGAGUUGCUGCAGUGGGAGCCCGAGGAUGAUGACAUCAAAGACACUGUGAGGAAAUACCUGCGCCGGGAUCCAUCCUCAAAGAGGACCAAUUAAAGCCAGUGUGAGAAAACACCGUGGCAACGACUCAGAGGUGUCAGGCUUGGAGCUUCAUUAAGAUCGGA